GUGCCCACGGCUUAAGGGAGGAACCCGAGUUUGUGACGGCUCGUGCCGGGGAGAGCGUGAUCCUGGGAUGCGACGUGAUCCAUCCGCUGACGGGCCAGCCCCCUCCGUAUGUGGUGGAGUGGUUCAAGUUUGGAGUGCCUAUCCCCAUCUUCAUCAAGUUUGGGUUCUACCCACCACAUGUGGACCCAGGAUAUGCCGGCCGCGCCAGCCUUCAUGACAAGGCGUCUCUGCGCAUCGAGCAGAUUCGCUCCGAGGACCAGGGCUGGUACGAGUGCAAAGUGCUCAUGUUGGAUCAGCAGUAUGACACUUUUCACAACGGCAGCUGGGUGCAUCUCACAGUCAACGCUCCCCCCACCUUCACAGAAACUCCCCCCCAAUACGUAGAGGCAAAAGAAGGCAGCAGCAUCACUCUGACCUGCAUGGCUUUUGGGAACCCAAAACCAACCGUCACUUGGAUGAAGGAGGGGGACCUCUUAGGUGCCAACAAUAAAUAUCAGGUUAGCGAUGGGAGUCUGACUGUUAUGUCCAUCAAUCGGGAUGACAGAGGUGCUUACACCUGCCGGGCUUACAGUAUCCAAGGAGAGGCCAUGCACACCACCCGCCUGCUCGUCCAAGGGCCGCCUUUCAUCGUUUCCCCUCCAGAGAACAUCACAGUCAACAUCUCCCAGGAUGCAAUGUUCACCUGCCAGGCCGAGGCAUAUCCAGGCAACCUGACCUACACUUGGUACUGGGAGGAGGAGAACGUCUACUUUAAGAAUGACCUAAAGCUGAGGGUGCGGAUCCUGAUCGAUGGGACGCUCAUCAUCUUCCGAGUCAAGCCGGAUGAUGCCGGGAAAUACACCUGCAUCCCAAGCAACAGCCUCGGCCGCUCGCCAUCUGCUUCCGCCUACUUGACGGUGCAAUAUCCUGCCCGUGUGGUGAACAUGCCACCCAUCAUAUACGUUCCUGUUGGGAUACAUGGAUACAUUCGCUGUCCAGUUGAGGCAGAGCCACCGGUAACCCUGGUCAAGUGGAACAAAGAUGGACGCCCUCUGCACGUCGAAAAGUUUUCUGGCUGGAGCCUGAUGGAAGAUGGUUCAAUUCGAAUAGAAGAGGCAACAGAAGAAGCUCUCGGCACAUACACCUGCGUGCCUUAUAAUGCCCUGGGUACAAUGGGCCAGUCCCCCCCUGCCCGACUGGUACUGAAGGACCCGCCCUAUUUCACGGUGCUACCAGGCUGGGAAUACAGACAAGAGGCAGGGAGGGAGCUGUUGAUACCCUGUGCUGCUGCAGGAGACCCUUUUCCUGUCAUCGCCUGGAGAAAGGUAGGGAAGCCUAGUAGAAGCAAGCACAACACCCUUCCAAGUGGCAGCCUGCAAUUCCGAUCUCUCAGUAAGGAGGACCACGGAGAGUGGGAAUGUGUCGCUACCAACAUAGUCGCAAGCAUUACCGCUAGCACUCAUCUGACAGUCAUCGGCACAAGCCCCCACGCCCCAGGCAGUGUCCGCGUCACAGUCUCCAUGACCUCUGCCAACGUCUCCUGGGAGCCUGGCUAUGAUGGCGGAUAUGAACAGACAUUCUCAGUUUGGAUGAAGCGAGCACAGUUUGGACCUCAUGACUGGCUCUCUCUCCCAGUACCAGCUGGUCCCAGCUGGCUGCUUGUGGAUAACCUCGAACCAGAGACUGCCUACCAGUUCAGUGUCUUGGCCCAAAACAAGCUGGGCACAAGCUCCUUCAGCGAGGUGGUCACUGUGAAUACUCUAGCAUUCCCUGUAACAACUCCAGAACCACUGGUGCUGGUUACUCCACCGAGGUGCCUAACAGCCAAUCGGACACAGCAAGGUGUCCUGUUGUCAUGGCUUCCUCCAGCCAAUCACAGCUUUCCAAUUGACCGUUACAUCAUGGAAUUCCGGAUAGGAGAGAGAUGGGAGAUUCUAGAUGAUGGCAUUCUGGGAAGUGACAAUGAAUUUUUUGCCAAGGAUUUGACUCAGGAUGAAACGGCCAACCAGAUGGUUUCAGUAGAAAGGAAAGGAAACGGUACUUCCCUUACUAUCGCCCUCCCCAGCACGCUGCCUCUGAACAUGGGGAUUCUAUUUAAUGAUUACAGCGAAGAUCCACCAGAAGAGAAUGGAUUAGUUGAGUCCCUCUUUAAAACCAUCUAA